AUGCAGGCAGAUUCCCUUCUUCACAGCGGCUACUUCCACCCUGUGCUACGCUCCUGGCAGUGUACAGCGACCAGCUUUGAUGCCUCCAACCUCAUCUACCCCAUUUUUGUCACUGACAGCCCUGAUGCAGUGGAGCCCAUCCCCAGCCUCCCUGGACAAGCCAGGUAUGGAGUCAACAAGCUGGAGGGGAUGCUGCGGCCCCUCAUUGAGGACGGUCUGAAGUGUGUGCUCAUCUUUGGGGUGCCCAGCAAGAUCAAGAAGGAUGAGAGAGGCUCUGCUGCGGAUGCGGAGGACACACCUACCAUCCAAGCAAUCGGGAAGAUCCACUCCACCUUCCCGGAGCUGCUCAUUGCCUGCGAUGUCUGCUUGUGCCCUUACACCUCCCACGGACACUGCGGCAUCCUGCGUGAAGACAGCACCAUCCAGAACGACCUCAGCUGCCAGCGGCUGGCAGAGGUGGCACUGGCCUACGCCAAAGCAGGCUGCCACAUCGUUGCCCCCUCAGACAUGAUGGAUGGGCGCGUCGCGGCCAUAAAGAAGGCACUGAUCUCCCAUGACUUGGGCAACAAGGUCUCGGUGAUGAGCUACAGCGCCAAGUUUGCUUCCUGCUUCUACGGUCCCUUCAGGGAUGCUGCACUAUCCAAACCCGCCUUCGGAGACAGGCGAUGCUACCAGCUGCCCCCAGGCGCCCGGGGCCUGGCAAUCCGCGCCGUGGACCGGGAUGUGCGCGAGGGAGCGGACAUGCUGAUGGUGAAGCCGGGGAUGGUUUAUCUGGAUCUUGUGAGGGACGUCAAGGCUCGG